GGGUGGGGUGGAUGCUGGGUGCCUGAGCUGCGGGCUCAGCGCGCUCAGAAACAUGCUGUGGUCUCGGCGGCUGUUCCAGCAGCGGCAGCGGCUCCAGCAGCAGCGGCGGCGGCGGCGGCGGCGACAGAGCUUGGCUCCCGCAGGGAAGGCGCCCGGCGCCCAUGCCUCCGGCUCUGCGCAGCGGCUGCCCUGACCUGGCCGCGACCUUCCUCCGCGCGCCCGGACGCCCCAACCUCUGGGGUGUUCCCCAAAGACGGCCCAACCCCGCCACACACCCCGCCCCCGGCCUCCGCAGCUCGGCAUGGGCGCGGGGGCGCUCGUCCUGGGCGCCUCCGAGCCCUGCAACCUGUCAUCCGCCGCGCCGCUCCCCGACGGCGCGGCCACCGCAGCGAGACUACUGGUGCCCGCGUCGCCGCCCGCGUCGCUGCUGACCCCGGCCAGCGAGGGACCUGUGCAGCUGUCGCAGCAGUGGACCGCCGGCAUGGGCCUGCUGAUGGCGCUCAUCGUUCUGCUCAUUGUGGCGGGCAACGUGCUGGUGAUCGUGGCCAUCGCCAAGACUCCGCGGCUGCAGACGCUCACCAACCUCUUCAUCAUGUCCCUGGCCAGCGCCGACCUGGUCAUGGGGCUGCUGGUUGUGCCGUUCGGGGCCACCAUCGUGGUGUGGGGCCGCUGGGAGUACGGCUCCUUCUUCUGCGAGCUCUGGACCUCGGUGGACGUGCUGUGUGUGACGGCCAGCAUCGAGACCCUGUGUGUCAUUGCCCUGGACCGCUACCUCGCCAUCACUUCGCCCUUCCGCUACCAGAGCUUGUUGACCCGCACGCGGGCGCGGGCCCUCGUGUGCACCGUGUGGGCCAUCUCGGCCCUGGUGUCCUUCCUGCCCAUCCUCAUGCACUGGUGGCGGGCUGAGGGCGAGGAGGCCCGUCGCUGCUACAACGACCCCAAGUGCUGCGAUUUCGUCACUAACCGGGCCUACGCCAUCGCCUCGUCUGUCGUCUCCUUCUACGUGCCCCUGUGCAUCAUGGCUUUCGUGUACCUGCGGGUGUUCCGAGAGGCCCAGAAGCAGGUGAAGAAGAUCGACAGCUGCGAGCGCCGCUUCCUCAGCGGCCCGGCACGGCCGGCCUCGCCCGCGCCCUCGCCGGGGCCCCCGUGCCCCGCCGCCACCCCGCUGGCCAACGGGCGCACCAGCAAGCGGCGACCCUCGCGCCUCGUGGCCCUGCGAGAGCAGAAGGCGCUCAAGACCCUGGGCAUCAUCAUGGGCGUGUUCACGCUCUGCUGGCUGCCCUUCUUCCUGGCCAACGUGGUGAAAGCCUUCCACCGCGACCUGGUGCCCGACCACCUCUUCGUCUUCUUCAACUGGCUGGGCUAUGCCAACUCGGCCUUCAACCCCAUCAUUUACUGCCGCAGCCCCGACUUCCGCAAGGCCUUCCAGCGCCUGCUCUGCUGUGGGCGCCGGGCCGCCCGCGGGAGCCACGCGGCCACCGGCGACCGGCCGCGCGCCUCCGGCUGCCUGGCGGUGGCCGGGCCGCCGCUGUCGCCCGGGGCCGCCUCGGACGACGACGACGAAGACGACGUCGGGGCCACGCCGCCCGCGCGUCUGCUGGAGCCCUGGGCCGGCUGCAACGGCGGGGCGGCGGCGGACAGCGACUCGAGCCUGGACGAACCGAGCCGCCCCGGCUGCGCCUCGGAAUCCAAGGUGUAGGACCGGGCACCCCUCCACACCUCCCAGCCGGGACGCGGGCUCUGCGCGCCUAGAGGAAGAAAGCCUAGGCGUCCCUGAAUGGCUUCCCAGGGGAAAGAGAUAUGUGUUUACUCAAGAUCGAAAGCAGGUGAACUCGGAGCCCACAAACCUCAUCUGAAUCAUCCAAGACAAACAGAAAAGCCACGGAUCGUUGCACAGAAAGGAAAGUUUGGGGAGGGGUGAGAGAGUGGCUUGCUGAUUUUUCUUGUGUUCUUUUUCCUGUUUGAGGUUCGAUCUUCUUUUGUGUGUGCGUAUGAUGCAUCUUUAGGUUUUGUUUUGUUUUUGUUUUUGUUUUUGUUUUUGUUUUUCCCCAGGUGUUUUUGACACGUUCUACGAGGACUGGGUAGGGCAAGGGAGAAGCAUGACGGGGUAAAAGUCUAUCGACUUGACUUCCCGGGAACAGGAGCGGUCAACCGGAGCGAGAGGGGGAAUGACAAUUUGUCGGGACAUGUUUCCUUUUGCUUUCCAGAGAAAUUUCAUUUUAACUCCUGAGUUAUGAUUUCUCCUGUUCCUAAAGCAAAGGGAAAGGGUGUGUGCGAAAUCCACGUUAGAAGAAAUUGUAAGCUAUUCUUGGAACAAGCCUCACCUUGCUUUCCUUUUGUAGGAUAAGCCUGCUGUCCCCGUGCGCCUCGGUCGUCAGGCUGAGGGGUUUCUACCUCACACUGUGCACAUUGCACAGCAAAAUAGAAAGACUUGUUUAUAUUAAACAGCUAUUUAUGUAUCAAUAUGAGUUGGAAGGACCAGGCACUGAGCCUCUGUGACAUGUGACUGUCCAUUGAAGACAGAACAGAAAAAGAAAACAAAAGAGGAAACAGUUCAGAUUACUAAACGUGGGUAAAAACAAAACACAAAACAAAACAAAAAAAGGAGUGGUUAAAAAUGCCAUUUUUGCACAGUGUUAGGAAUUGUAAAGUCCACAGAAGAUGUUACUUGCACAAGAAGAAAUUAAAUAUUUUUAAACGUGGGCGGGGGAGAUCGUAAAAACUAAAAUAAAAUUGAAACUCUACUUCUGUUGUCUAUUAUGUUAUUUAGCUAAUGACUUAUUGGAAAAAUACCUUUUUAUACUCUUUUAUCAUGGUACUGUAAUUGUAUCCAUAUUAUAAAUAUAAUUAUCUUAAGGAUUUUUUAAUUAUUUUUUUAUGUCCAAGUGCCCACGUGAAUCUGCUGGUAAAAUUUAGCACCUGUGUGUAAAUUCUAUUUUCCUCUGUGUGUUUUACCAAGUAUUUAUACUCUGGUGCAACUAACUACUGUGUGAGGAACUGGUCCACGUGCAAUAAAUACCAAUGAAGCACAAUCAAGUUUAUGUACCGUGUGUCUGUAAGAGGUCAGUGAUCAUGGAAAAGACAGUUUGCUUUGUUCAAAAUAUAGGUUGGAUUUCCCAUAGAGCUCUUUUAAUAGUUUUUCAUGACUCAAUAACAUAGAAAAAUGCCUCUAGACCAAAGAAGGCAUGCACCUCCUCGAUGCUGCAGACUCACCCUAACUUUUCACAACCGGAUUGAAGGUAUUCUAGACUAAUUGUAGGUGUUUUCAAGAUCCCAUCUGCUGUGCUUGACUUAAGAAGUAACCUUUGGGAUUGUAUAUCUCCUAAAGAAAAGUGAUCAAGCCAGGUUAACUCAGUUACAACUUUGCACAGAAAUGCAGGGAAGAAGACUAACUUGUUGAACUGCCUCCUUGGAAUCUGGUAUACCUAAGUAAAACUGAGUCACUCAGAAAAUUCCAGAAUCUUCAGCAUGGGAAAGACCUUGAUGUGUCUAGUAUACAGUCUGCAGUACCCCUCAAGCAAGGCUAUAUACCUAGAUCAAUGCAGACUACAGAGACUGAUGAGAUUCAUUUCGACAUUUAAAGAACUGGUCUACCAUUUAAUAGCCCAUCCUAUCAGCAAAUGUUUCCAGUAUAGCUAACCCAAAUCCCUUUUGCUGUUUUGACUUAUUGAGUUUAAAUAAAUAGUCAGAUAUUUCUCCAACACAAUGGAUUUAUUCUAGAACAACAAAAAGAAUUGCAAUUCGGAGCAUGGGGUCUAAACCACAUGCAAAUUCAGAGAAACAAAG